AUGGAGCAGAUGGAAGUUAUGAUGAACACCCUCAAGGGACGAGUAUCCAGCGAUCUUGAUGACCUAGUCAACCGAACUAACUCACCGUUCACUGCCACCAUCAAUUGCUUCCCACUGCCGCAUAAAUUCUGCAUGUCACAGAUAAACAGUUACGACGAAGUCAAAGACCCUCUAGAUCACCUGGAGCCCUUCAAGUCCUUGAUGCAUCUUCAAAGAGUUGUAGACGAAAUCAUGUGUAGGGUCUUCCCUACAAUGCUGAAGGGUGCUGCGAGAAUUUGGUUCAGUGGGUUAAUGCCUAGCUCUAUCAGUACUUUCAAGGAGCUGAGUGCCCAGUUCACUUUGCACUUCAUUGGAGGGCACAGAUACAAGAAGUCUACUGCAUGUCUGAUGACCAUUAAGCGGCGAGAGGACGAGACGUUGAGGUCCUACAUAACCUAUUUCAACAAGGAGGCCCUUUCAAUUGACAAGGCGGAUGACAAGAUACUCGUGGUGGCAUUCACUAAUGGGUUACAAAAGGGUAAGUUCCUGUUUUCUCUAUACAAGAACAAUCCAAUGACCAUGUCGGAUGUGCUUUACAGGGCCACCAAAUAUAUGAACGCGGAAGACGCACUACUGGCCCGUGAGGAUAAGCCUAGAAAAAGGCAAAGGCAGGAGGACACAAGGCAGGAUAGGGGGCACAAGGUGGCUAGGACUAGAGAACGACAGGUGAUAGACACUCCAAACCCCCGACUGGGAGGUUCACAAGCUUCAUCCCAUUAA